AUGGCGACCGAAUUUGCCAUGAUGUCCGUGGUGACCACCAUGCUUGCCGUGGUGGCGUCCGAAUUUACCAUGGUGACCAUACUUUCCUCCACGACGGCAGGUGAACUUCAGCGCGUGCAUCAUGCCCGGCUCCUGGAUCUUCGUAAACGGCCCGUGCGAUUCCUUCCACUUGCCGCUGGCCUCACAUGCCUCACAUAG